GACUGGAUCAGUCAGAUCAGAUCAGAAUAUCAAGCACUUGCCUCCAGGUCCUCCUACCGUAGGUCUCGCAGGUCCCACUAUGAAUAACACUUAAUUAUUGCCUACCUACCGGCUCAAUGUACUCAUAAUUGACAAGCAUAUUACGCCCAGCUGUGCACGUACCUUUUUUCAUUUUUUUCUUUAAUUCACCUGAGGGAUUCUAAGUUCCUUGUAGAUAUAACCGCCCCUACUUACUUACCUAAGUAGCCGUCAUCGUGAUCACUACAUCAGCCCCAACCCCAACCCCAGCUAAUCAGUUCAGCUACCUACCUACCUACAUACCUACCUAAGUCCAGCCAAAAAAGAAAGCCCAGCAUGAGCGGCGCCAAGGGCGGCGACAAGAUCGAGAAGAUCAUCGCGCGGUUGCAGGAGAGGAUCAGCGAGGGGCAGUUCUACGAAGCCCAGCAGCAGACCCGCGUCGUCGCCGCACGAUACACCAAGGCCUCCAACUGGACCGCCGCCGUCGACAUCCUGUACAACGUCGCUCUCUCGCUGCUGAAGGCCGGACAGGGUGGCAGCGGCGGCGAUCUCUGCGUCCUGCUCGUCGACACCUACAAGCAGGCCGAGCUCAAGCCCGACCCCACCACCAAGAGCAAGCUGCUCGCGUGCCUGCGAUUGUUCGGCAGCGAGGAGCCCACGCGCAAGAAGUACAUUGGGGAGAUAAUAUCAUGGUCCUCGAGAUUCGGCGAAUACCCCGCGGGCGACCCUGAACUACACCACGUUGCCGGCUCCUUAUACGCAGAGGAGCACGAGGCUUACGAAGCCGAGAAGCAUCUAUUGUUGGGUACCAAGGAUUCGGCCGAGGUCCUGGCCCGCAUGGAAUACGAGUGGUUCAAGGAGGACGAUGCACACACGGCUGCUCAAUACGCCGGCCGAGCGGUCCUGCCCUAUCUGAUAACGGCCAACGUCCGAGCCGCCAACACGGCCUACCAAGUCUUCAUUAGUGCGCUCAGCGACGACAAAGAACCUCAGCUCGGGGCCCAGGUCGUGAGCAGCAACAACGCCGAUAUACGUGUGUUCCCGAGCAUACCGCUCCUCAAUUUCCUCGGCCUGCUGUUACUCGCCAUCCAGAGGGGUAACCCAGACCUCUACAGGCAGUUGACGACCAAGUACGCCAGCCAUCUGAGAGAGCUCGACUCGUGGAACGAGGCGCUGGAGAUAAUUUCCGAGAUAUACUUCGGCAUCACGAAGCCCCGGCAGACCAAUCCUCUGAUGGAUAUGAUGAGCGGCUUCUUCGGUGGUGGGGGUGGCGGCGGGGCUGCUGCAGGCGCGGGCGCGAAGAAGCCCGCCGUCAAGGCUCCGACAUCGACCUCGAUGCCAGCGGCGGAGGGUCUGGACUAAAUCCAAGUUUCGGCGCAGGGGUCGCCUAUAUAGUAUAGACAAAGCCAGCAAUAGAAAAUACGACGGACGGUAUCUAUCCUUUCCGACACGAUGUUGUUGUUCAGUGCACGCGCGGUGGUUCUUCGGCCUCGUACAUCCAGUUGUCCUCGGCCAAGGCGGCUACUUUGGCUCUCAUGCUUGCCUUGAGCGUAUCGAGGAUCUCUGCUUUCCAUGUCAGCCUUACAUGACACUUUUAUUAUAAUGCUCCGCCUCGGCUACCCUACCUUCAUGUUGCACCGGCAUGCGCGUGUGGUUGAUUUGAUGAUGUCGAACGGCCUCUGCUAGUUUCUGUCUCUCUCCUAUAUAUAAUAUAAACACAUUUAGUAUAUAAGCACAUGGUCUCCUCCAAAACUUCCUUACAAAAUGAAAUCGAUUGGAUUUGGUACGUAGGGAGAUAGAUAGGUAGGUAGGUAAGGGGUAAGUAGGUGAUUCA